GGUUUGGAGCUCAUGAGUGUUGGAAUUUUGUGGGGUCAGGGGGUGCUUCUGACAUAGUGCAAGAAUCUGGCCACUCUCCUGAAGAGACCUUGAAAUUACCUGGGGAAGGAGAGGAGCGGAACUGAGUCUAGCCUUACAUCGUCCCUGUCAAGGCAUCAGGCAGGGUGAAUGUGGAUGAAUCUAUCUUGAACCUUCCAGAGCAGAUCAGCUACCAGGUAUGUGGGGGAGUUUCUUACCUUUUCGGAAGUCUGAGGUCUUCUGUCAGCAUUCAGUAGGUGUUCUGUAGGUGUUGUUCCACAUGUACAUGUAUUUCUGAUGUAUCUGUGGGGAGGAAGGUGAUCUCCACGUCUUACUCCUCUGCCUUCUUGAAGAUUCCUUGAGACCCAGGAAAGAUGACUUACAAGCAGCAUCAGUGCAAGCAGCCCUGCCAGUCAACUCCUGUUUUCAUACCUAAGUGCCCUGAGCCUUGCCCACAUAAGUGCCCUGAACCUUGCCCACCUCUAAACUGUCUGGAGCCAUGUCCCUGUCCUCCAUGCCCACCUGUGCAGCCACAUCCACUGUGCCAGCAGAAAUGUCCUCCUGUGCAUCCAUGCACACCCUGCCAGCAGAAGUGUCCACCCAAGUACAAGUAACAGCACCAGAUUUCAUCAGGACCAUGAAACAACAAGAUCUAAGCUUUUCUUAGUCCUAGGACUCCAUCAUCCUCCCUUCAGCCAUGGUGAUGGACUGCUUCUUCCUUAACCUCCCUCCUGGAUUGACAGCUGACAGAGAAAAGGCCUGGUUCCUGAAGAAGACACCAUGUUGUUGGAAGAAGAGCAGCAGGAUCAUCACCUGAUCUUGCUUUGCCAUCUGCUUGUCUGUAAUCAGGCUGUGAUCUCUACCCUGUGAGCACUUAGUGUGUAUAUUCUUUUACUUCUCCAA